CUUGUGGCACCUGACCUCCAACUCGCAUAAUACAUACACUAUACAUCUCUCAAACACAACAUACACUCCAAGAAAACCAUGAAGAUCAUCAACUUCAAGCUGCCCUUUUAUGGCUUCUUCUUCUUCCUUCUCUUCUUCUCAAAACCCUCCCAUCAAGCCUACGAUGAUGGGCCUCCUGUUUUUCCAUUUGAAAACCCUAGACUUUACAAUGCUUUCAUUGCUCUCCAAGCUUGGAAACAUGUCAUCACUGCAGACCCCAAGAAUUUCACCAAGGAUUGGUAUGGCCCCUACGUCUGCAACUACACCGGAGUUUACUGUGCUCCGGCGCCGGAUGACAAGGAGAUCCGUACAGUCGCCGGGAUUGACCUAAACCAUGCAAAUAUUUCCGGCACAUUGCCGGAAGACCUCGGCCUCCUCACCGACUUGGCGCUUUUCCAUAUAAACUCCAACCGCUUCACCGGAACUCUCCCCCGGAGCUUCUCCCACCUCCGCCUCCUUUUCGAGCUCGACGUCAGCAAUAACCUCCUCUGCGGCGACUUCCCCGCCGUCGUUCUUUCUCUCCCCAAGCUCAAGUUCUUGGACAUCCGCUACAAUCAAUUCCAAGGAAAGAUUCCCAAGGAGGUUUACGACCUGAAACUCGAUGCCCUUUUCGUGAACCACAACAAUUUCACCGUCACAUUGCCGAGGAACUUCGGAAACUCGCCGGUUUCGGUUCUUGUUUUCGCGAACAACAACCUCCGAGGAUGUCUGCCGCCGAGCAUAGCCAAAAUGCGGAAAACCCUGAGCGAGAUUAUCCUGAUGAACGUGAGCUUGGGCGCGUGUUUGCCGGACGAGAUAGGGCUUCUGAAGGAGCUGAAAGUGUUCGACGUCAGCUUCAACAACCUCGUCGGGAGCCUGCCGGAGUCCAUGGGGAAGCUGAAGAAGCUGGAGCAGCUCAACGUGGCGCACAACAAACUCUCCGGCGAGAUUCCGGCGAGCAUCUGCGAGCUUCCCAGGCUGAAAAACUUCACCUACUCCUACAACUACUUCUGCAGUGCACCGGAGAUUUGCCGUAAAGUGAAGCACAAAAAUGACAAAAAGAAUUGCAUUCCGUACUGGCCUCAUCAAAGGUCGCCGGAGACAUGUAAGGCCUUUUACUCUAAACCGGUGGAUUGUAGUGUCUUAGGUUGUCGACCUAGAAGCCCACCGCCUCCGCCGCCGCCAUCACCGCCUCCUCCCUCUCCCCCACCACCCCCUCCCCCACAUCAUUACCACUAUCUCUAAUCAAAGCAUAAAAACCAUUGACUUUACGGGCAAAACAACAUACAUAAUAAUUUAUGUUCGAACCUCGUCGAACAAAAAGAAUGAUCUAUGUAUGUUUACAUUCUCUAGUAAAGUUUGUCUGAUUGGUACAAAUUUUCAAUUGUGUGAUUUAACUUGAUUGGGUGCAUGGGAAAAUGACAAAUUUGGAUCUUUAAAUUAUAAAAAACAACACUUUUGUCUAUCAAUUAUAUCGGUGAUCAAGUGGUCUUUUCCGUCUCUGAAUUUUGUGAGAGACAAAAAGUAGUAACAAUAUAAUUGACCGAUCAAAAGUGUUAUUUUCUUAUAAUUUAAGGAUUAAAAGUGUUAUUUUUCUUUUGUAUAUUGAUACAAGGAAAAAAAAAAAAAAAAAAAAAAAGGGUGAGAUACGUACAUGUAAGGAAUAUUUCUGUUUCAGUGUAUUAGUCUUUUUUUUUUUUUUUUUUUGGAAUUAGUUUUAACCAAAGCAUUGACUUUGAUCAUAUUGUAAUAAAAAUAAAUUAAUAAUAUUAUUAUAUUUCUGUUGUCGCAGUA